AUGUUUUUUGUAUUGAUUCUGUCCGCAGUUUUCGCAGUAUUAGCAGUGAAUUUAUGGAGAGCAAGACAGCGACUUCCUAAAGGUCCCUCACCUCUCCCUCUGAUCGGCAACCUUCACCAACUCGUUUACACAUGCUGGAAAGCUGGAGGAACUGUCGGCGGCUUCAAUGAGUUUCGAAGAGAAUUUGGAAACGUUUUCACAAUCUGGAUGGGUCCUAUACCUACAGUACAUAUUACUGACUUUGACGUGGCACAUGAGACUCAUGUCAAAAGAGCCAAUACUUUUGGAGUACGGUGGGCGAAUGGAGGAAUGAAUUAUAUCAGAGAAGGACGAGGAAUUAUUGCGUCGAAUGGAGAAUUUUGGCAGGAACACAGAAGAUUCGCGUUGAAGACGUUGAGAGAUUUCGGAUUGGGCAGAAAUAUCAUGGAGGAGAAGAUUAUGGAGGAGUAUAAUUAUCGGUUAAAACUUGGGUUUGAAAAAAAAACUGAAACCCUUUUCAGAUUCCAAGACUACAAAAAGAACAAUUUCAAGAAUGGUGGAAUUGAAGUGCACGCUUCUUCAUGUUUCGAUCUUCUAGUCGGAUCCAUCAUUAACACAUUGUUGGUAUCCGAGAGAUUCGAACAGGAUGAUGAAGAUUUUGAAAAGAUGAAGUUGAACUUGGCCAAGACUUUAGAAAAGGUGUCGAUAUUUGAUGCUUUUACUCCAUUGGCGGUGUUCAAAUCAGAUUUGUGGAAAUGGAGAACCAAGAAGAUUUUUGGACCUUUUGAUUUUAUUUUUGGCAUGGUCCAAAAGGGGAUUCAGAAGAGGGUGGAUGCUAUCGCUAGCGGAAAACAUAUCAUUAGCGAGGAAGGUGAAGAUUUUGUGGAUGCGUUUUUAAUCAAGAUGGAGAAAGAUAAAAAGGAUGGAGUGAAGGAUUCGACGUUCACUCUCGAGACCCUUGCAAUUGACUUGUAUGAUUUAUGGCUAGCCGGUCAGGAGACGACAUCAACAACUUUGACAUGGGCGUGCGCCUGUCUUCUCAACCACCCUGAAGUCGUUGCUGAAUUGAGAAGUGAAUUAGUUGGAAUUACUGGAGGGACCAGAGGAUUGUCAUUGACUGAUAAACCAAACACGCCGUAUUUGAAUGCUACGGUUAAUGUGAGUAAAAAAGUGUCAGAAAUUCAACGCAUUGCUUCUAUCCUCAACACCAACCUAUUCCGUGAACUGGAAGAGGAUACCGUAAUCGAUGGCCAACCUGUGUCCGCUGGCGCCGUGGUCACCACACAAAUGUCUCUUCUUCAUACCAAUGAAGCCGUCUUCAAAAAUCACACAGUAUUCGAUCCUAGCCGAUUCAUAGAAAACAACAAUUUGGAGAAAACUUUGAUUCCGUUUGGAAUCGGAAAGCGAGCGUGUCUUGGAGAAUCAUUGGCCAGAGCAGAGUUGUAUUUGGUAGGUUCAAUGCUCAUCACUGGAAAUCUUGUGUUGGACUACAAUUUUGAACCAGUUGGAACGAAGCCAGAAAUCAAGACGCUGUCUCCAUUUGGAUUGAUGAAAAGACCACCGAACUAUAAUAUCAGAUUUGUUCCAAAAAAGAUAAUUCCAUUUGGUAUUGGAAAACGGUCCUGUCUAGGGAAGUCGUUGGCUAGAGCAGAAUUGUAUUUGAUUCUUGGAAAUCUUGUAAUGGAAUACGAUCUGGAACUAGUUGGUGAGAAACCUGAGAUCAAGACGCCUACUCCAUUUGCGUUGAUGAACAGACCACCACUUUAUGACAUUCGAUUUGUGCCAAGAAGCAAUUGA